UCAAUCUUAAACUUAAAAAAAGUCGUCUUUUCUUCUUUGUUUCACCUUCCUUAAGGCCAAGAAGAAAACGGGAAGAAAGAAACCCAACUCUGUUUCGCCACUUUCAUCAUAAAAAUCCCACCACAGAUCCAUUUUGUCUUUGCCUAAAACAAGGCUACUUUGUUGUUUUAGUUUUGUUUUGUUUUUAGUAAUUGGUUGACUGAAUUCAAGCUUCUCUUUUUUUUUCACUGGGGUCCAUAAGGAUUUCUGGGGCACCCUUAUUUGCCCCUCUCUUUCUCAUUUUGUUCUGAUGCAAUAAGCUAAACAAAGCUUCAACUUUUCAUACACCACUUCUCUUGUUUCUUUCAAAGUUUUGGCAUUUUGGGAUUGUUUAGAAUAUUGCUGUGAAGAAGAUGCAGUCGGGUCGAUCACAAUCCAUGGUGGGUCCGAUUCCCGAGCGGGUUCAAGUUUUUCAACCAGCUGAUAGUGAUACCAGAGGGAAGCAUAUGAUACGAGCUGAACUGAAAAGGCUAGAGCAAGAAACUAGAUUCUUAGAGGAAGAGCUGGAGCAGAUAGAAAGAAUGGAGAUGGCCUCAACUGCAUGCAAAGAGCUGCUGAGUAAUGUGGAAACUACACCUGAUCCAUUACUUCCAAUCACAAGUGGCCCUCUAAAUCUCUCGUGGGAUCAAUGGUUCGAAGGCCCCCAGGAAUCUCGAGGCUGUAGAUGUUGGAUACUGUGACUGUAUUUUGAUGAUUUGGAAGAGUUUUUGUCUCUAAUUUGGAGAGGCCUUGGUUUACA